AUGAAGAAUAACUCUAUGCUGAAUGAGUUUAUUUUGUUAGGACUCACCAAUUCUUGGGAGCCUGAGAUUUUCUUUUUUGUGAUCUUCUUCCUGGCCUAUGCAUUAAUCAUGGCUGGAAACAGUCCCAUUAUACUGAUGGUGACCUUUGUCUCCCACUUGCACUCCACUCCCAUGUACUUCCUCCUGGCCAACCUCUCCUUUCUUGACAUGACCCUUUCCACUGUUACUGUCCCUAAGAUGAUCACAGACUUUGUUAAGGAGAGAAAAACCAUCUCCUUAUGGGGCUGCAUGGCCCAGAUGUUUUUUCUCCAUUUCUUAGGGGGUAGUGAAACGACUCUCCUUAUAUUCAUGGCAGUUGAUCGGUAUGUUUCAAUAUGUAAACCCCUCCACUACACAACCAUCAUGAACCAGCAAACACUGAUAAGCUUUGUGUUGCUUUCCUGGGCUGUGAGUUUUGUGCCCACCAUGAGCCAGAUGGUCUUUACUGUGAACUUGCCCUUCUGUGGCCCCAGUGUGGUUGACAAAAUUUGUUUCAUCCUCUUGUGUAUCUCCUAUACUGUCAUCUUGGUCACAGUCCACCAUCGCUCUUCUGGUGGGCUCUCCAAGGCCCUGUCUACAUUGUCUGCUCACAUCACAGUGGUAACUCCAUUCUUUGGGCCAUGCAUUUUCAUCUAUGCCUCACCAUUUAGCAGCUUUUCAGUGGACAAAUUUCUCUCAGUGUUUUACUCAGUUAUCACUUCUCUCCUGAAUCCAAUCAUCUACACCUUGAGAAAUCAGGAGAUAAAGGCAGCUAUGAUCAGACUGAGGAGCAGACAUAUCACCUCCAGGCAGGCUUUGUAG